AUGUCAUUAACAGAAACAAAUCUUGAUAAUACCUUACCUCUUUUAGGUAGAGGCAAAGUUCGUGAUAUAUACCAAAUUGACCCAAAUACUCUAUUAUUUGUUGCCACGGAUCGUAUAUCUGCAUAUGAUGUCAUCAUGGAAAAUGGUAUCACCGAUAAAGGAAAAUUGUUGACCAAGCUUUCCGAGUUUUGGUUUGAUUUCUUGCCUAUUGAGAACCACUUGAUCAAGAAGAAUAUCUUCAAAGAGUAUCCACAAUUGGAAACGUAUAGAGAUCAAUUACAAGAUCGUGCUUUAUUGGUGCGUAAAUUGAAACUUAUUCCUUUGGAAGUUAUUGUUAGAGGUUACAUCACUGGUUCUGCUUGGAAAGAGUAUAAGAAACUGAAAACGGUUCAUGGGUUGCCAAUAGACGAAGACUUGGUUGAAUCUCAAGAGUUCAAAACACCAAUUUUUACCCCUUCAACCAAAGCAGAGCAGGGAGAGCACGAUGAAAACAUCUCUCCAGCUCAAGCUGCUAAGAUUGUUGGGCAGGACUUAUGCGAUAGAUUGGAAGAAAAAGCUAUUGAUUUGUAUGUAAAGGCUAAAGAAUACGCAAAGACUAAAGGUAUAAUCAUUGCGGAUACAAAGUUUGAAUUUGGGCUAGAUGAAAAUGAUAACAUUGUUUUGGUCGAUGAGGUUUUAACGCCUGAUUCAUCCAGAUUUUGGAACGCCCGCGCAUACGAAGUUGGUAAGUCACAAGAUUCGUAUGAUAAACAAUUUUUGAGAGACUGGUUAACCAGUAAUGGAUUGAAUGGUAAAGAUGGAGUUAAAAUGACCGAUGAAAUUGUUGAAAAGACUAGAGAAAAAUACAUUGAAGCUUAUGAGCAAUUGACAGGCGACAAAUGGAAAUAA